AGUGGCCCUUGUUCCCCUGUUUGAAUAUCAAAAUUCAUCUUCCUCGCCGGAAAACGAUCACUUGCUUUCCAUUAACGAAGGAACUGAAACAAUGGCGACACAAGCACUCGUGUCUUCUUCACUCAGCUCUUCUGUAGAGACAGCGAGACAUAUUCUUGGCGCGAGAACGACCACGGUCGUGGCUCCGAAGAGGGGUUCUUUUGUUGUUAGGGCUUCUUCCUCAACUCCUCCUGUCAAGCAAGGAGCAGACAGACAAUUGUGGUUUGCUUCGAAGCAAUCUCUUUCUUACUUGGAUGGGAGCUUACCUGGCGACUACGGUUUCGACCCGCUUGGUCUGUCGGACCCAGAAGGCACGGGAGGGUUCAUCGAGCCGAGAUGGUUAGCCUAUGGAGAGAUCAUCAAUGGAAGGUUCGCCAUGUUGGGAGCAGCAGGAGCAAUAGCACCAGAGAUACUGGGUAAGGCCGGUCUGAUCCCUCAAGAGACGGCUCUUCCCUGGUUCCAAACCGGUGUCAUCCCGCCUGCAGGAACCUACAGCUACUGGGCCGACCCUUACACGCUCUUUGUCCUCGAGAUGGCUCUUAUGGGAUUUGCUGAGCACAGGAGGUUCCAGGACUGGGCCAAGCCAGGGUCCAUGGGGAAACAAUACUUCUUAGGGUUGGAGAAGGGUUUGGGUGGGUCCGGUAACCCGGCUUACCCCGGAGGACCCUUCUUUAACCCUCUAGGGUUUGGGAAAGACGAGAAGUCGAUGAAGGAUUUGAAGCUGAAAGAGGUCAAGAAUGGUAGAUUGGCUAUGCUGGCCAUCUUGGGUUACUUUGUGCAGGGGUUAGUGACCGGUGUCGGACCUUACCAGAACCUUCUUGAUCACUUGGCGGAUCCCGUCAACAACAACAUCUUGACCAGCCUCAAGUUCCACUGAACUCAGAUGAUCUGGAUGUCCCUCCCUUCUUGUCUCCUGCAAUGUUCUUUUCUUGGUCCCAUUUGUAACAUGCCUGUGUAAACAUGUAAUCAUGUUUUUGUAAGAAAUGACAAUUGUUAUUGGCUACU